ACAAUGACUUUGUACAGAAUAGCAUCCCCUUAAUAACACGUGUGUCGCGAAACAUGGACGAAGAUAUAAACAUAUCUGUCAACUUGACUGGAAUAGAUUCUUUUCCUGCUACUAAAUUGAAAUCUAAACAGAAAGUUUUUGGGAACAGGGCUCAACGAAUCAAGCAGAGAAGGUCUCUGAAAUUAAACAAGCUUCGUGAAUCAGAAUCAAACAUCCCCAAACAGGAAUUUAAGAAUUCCAAAGGUUUUGGUAAAAGGACAGCUGUCAACGAGGAGCAGAAACAGUCUGAAGAAUCUCCUGCUAAGAAGCAAAAAUUGAAUGGAAAAAUAAACGAGAAACAUGCAUAUUCAGCAGAAGGUGCAUGGGGAGCCUAUUUCCUCUUUGUUUAAACACAACCCUGAGAUACCUUCUGUGAAAAGUGCAAAUGUACCAGGGAUCAAGGAGGAAGUCUUUGCAUCAACAAAAUUCCAAGACACUUCACUUCAUCCUCAUUUAAUCUCCACACUGGAGCAACGUCUUGGGUUAACAGUCAUGACUCGGGUACAGCAGCUGACUAUUCCAGUGAUACUGAAGAAUAAUGAUGUUCUUGUGAAAUCACAGACUGGAUCUGGUAAAACCUUGGCAUAUGCUAUGCCUAUUAUUAACUGCCUCAUGAACCGUGCAAUAAAAGUCGGUCGAGAUGAUGGUCCAUAUGUCCUGGUGGUUGUGCCCACACGAGAGCUUGCUGUACAGACUUUGGAAACAUUUUCAACAGUAUUGCAGAGUGCUGUUUGGAUAGUUGCUGGAUGUUUAAUGGGAGGAGAAAAGCGAAAAACUGAGAAAGCAAGGAUCCGCAAGGGUAUCAACAUACUUAUUGGGACACCAGGUCGCCUUCUGGACCACAUACAGCAUACAGAUUGUUUGUCUCUGUCUAAGGUGGAGUGGUUGGUUCUUGAUGAAGCAGACAGGUUGUUAGAUAUGGGAUAUGAAAAAGACGUCGCUGAAAUUGUAACAGCCCUCAACACAAAAGGAAAUGAGCACAGGCAGACUAUACUGUUGUCAGCUACUCUGACCACAGGGGUUGAAAGACUUGCUGGAAUGGCACUAAGAAAUCAUGAAAUGAUUGAUGCCUCAAGCAUGGAGCAUGAAGGUUCAAAAUCAAAGAAUGUCCAAGAUACUGUCAGCAUAUGGCCACAGUCCAGUGCAGACAACCAGGCGUUUGCUCUGCCUGAAAAACUCAAGCAGUAUUUUGUAAUUGUUCCUUGUAAACUUCGUUUGGUCACUUUGGCUGCAUUUAUCCUUUGGAGGUGUAAGAUGCAGAGCAAAAAAAGCAAAAUGGUGGUGUUCUUGUCCACACAAGAUUCGGUAGAGUUUCAUCAUCGGCUGUUUAGUCAGGUGCUCAUUUCUGGUGCCAAGAAGUCUUCUCACCUCACUGAAGAUGAAGAUAAUGUGCUGCCUGGCACCAAAGAUGAAUCGGAAACAGCUACACUUUUUAAGCUGCAUGGUGAAAUGUCACAAAAGGAACGAACGAAGGUGUUUCAAGACUUCAGUGCAGCUCAGCAGGGUGUUUUGUUGUGUACAGAUGUCGCAUCCAGAGGACUGCAUUUGCCAAAGGUUGAUUGGAUAGUACAGUAUACUACACCAGGUGCAACUGUUGACUACAUUCAUCGUGUAGGCCGCACAGCAAGGGCUGGAAAACAGGGAAAUGCUCUUCUGUUCCUGAUGCCGGCAGAAGCAGAGUACAUCAAAGAACUCAACAAUCACAAAAUAAGCCUCAGUGAAGUACCGAUAAAGGACGUGCUCCUCACCCUCUUGACAGCCGUAUAUGAACUUCCCUUGCCGCCAGUUCUGACGAAAAGACAGGAUCCUCGCACAUAUGAGGAAGCAGCCACAUACCUGCAGGACAGAUUUGAAGAAUGUGUGUUAAGGGACCCAAACAUGCAGACUUUGGCAGCAAAAGGGUACCAGUCAUUUGUGAGAGCCUAUGCUACUUACACCACUAGCCUCAAGAAGAUGUUUGCCAUCAAAGACCUUCACCUUGGCCAUGUGGCAAAGAGCUUUGCUCUGCGACAGACACCAUCACAUCUGAGCAACUUAGCAAACAGGCCUUUGAGCAAAGCAUUCAACCCUGGCUUUCGAUUCCGAGCAAAAGCAGAUUUAGCAAGAGAAGGCACGACAGCAGGAAGUUGCCCUUUUCUGCUACCGUGUCAGAGUUCGGCAGUGGCUUAGGACCAAACAGCAGUUUUGUCAAGAAAAAGGCAACCAAGAAGAAGUGAAGGGUGACCAGAUCAGAGAGCAGGCUCUUGUGUAUUACUGACGUUGAUCGUAUAUGUGCAAAGUUGUGUUGGAUUGCAUGAAAUAAUAAAAAUUCGUAUCCAAAGGUUGCUUUUAUUUAUAUGUACAUAUAUUUAACAACCUUUUUGAAAUUUCUAUAAAACACAUACGGGUGUGUCAAAAGUCUUAGUUUAAAAAGCAAGAAACUUUAAAAACGCUGGUUUAAAGAUUGUUGUAAUUAUGAUAAUAAAGAUUGAAGAAAGAU